CCUGCCCCAUUCACCAUCCACUAGUUGGAAUUUGGAAGUGGGAAGGAAAUAGCAAAACCCUUCCCCUUCUUCUCAAAACCUCUGGCCCCAUUUUCCCAAAACCCUCUCCUUCCUCCUCCAACCAACCCUUUCAAUCCCCCUUCACCCCUUUACUCUCUUCUCAUCUCCCCAACACCUCCACCCCCCCCUACCUUCCUCAGACCCAGCAUUAAAUACUCCAAACACCACCAAAACCCCUUCCCCUUACCUUUAAACUGCAAAGAAAACUAGAAACAAGAGAAAAUCCCUCAUCCUUUCCUUCUUGUUAAAACCACCCCGUAAGAUAUGGCUUCUACCUCUGGAGCCUCCUCUCACACCCAUCUCCUCCUCCUCCUCCUCCUCCUCCUGCUGCUCCUCUCUAUGUCUUCCAUGUCCACCAAAGUAGCCAUGCCUCCUGGGGCAGCGAACGAGCGGAUGCUGGUGAUGAAGCCUGUGUCGGGGAUGCAAUCGGUGCUGCUCGAUGGACCGCCACGGCGGCGGCUGAAUAGCUUCCGGAUAUGUGCCCUCUGCACUUGCUGUGGGGGCUCCAGGGGCCUCUGCCUGCCUUCGCCUUGCUGCUAUGCCAUCAACUGCAACAUUCCCAACAGGCCUUUCGGCUUCUGCUCCUUCACUCCCCAGACUUCAGCAAAACUCAAGCAACUCAUUGGUGCAUUCCUCCAUUCCCUCGGCGAAAACAGUGAGUGGCUUGGAAGAAUAUCCAAUAACAUUCAGAGUUGAGACCAUUCAAUCUGGACAUCACAGUGAGAGAAUCAUCUUCUAGCCAAGUAAGGGGCACAUAGAACCUACUCUUUAGCAAUAGCAUCCCCCUCUCAGGCUGCUAACAGUUCUGCACAGGGAACAGUGAAUGGUUGGAGCUCUCUGCAGCUGGUACACAAAAUAUGAUCAUCUUCAUUUUCUAGUCUUAGGAUGAAGCUUGCACUGAUGGAUGGCUUACCUCUGGUACUACACUGUCAAAGUUGGGUUUGACUGCGCCAAUUAUGGGGUUCUGCAAAUAGACAAGUGCUUGUGUGGAAGAAACAGGAUUUUGUUUAGCUUCUUUUGCUUGCACUGUGAAACUUUGCAGGCCAAAUAAGCAGUUGGCUUAAGGUUGAGUGUAUGAAAACCUUAUUUUUCUUGAAAAUUUUACUUUUUUAUUUGUUUGUUUCA